GGUGGCGCUAACUCACCGGCCCGCAGGCUGUGCGCCAAUUUAAACCCAGAUGUAAAGAAGUCGAUCAGGAACGGAAAGAAACAGGAAGAAGGAGAAGAAGACAACAUCGGUACCACAAUGAAUAGGAGACUACUGAAGGAGCUUGAUGAAAUGCGCAAUGUCGGAGCGAAGCAUUUCCGCAAUAUUCAAGUAGAUGAAACAAAUCUUUUGAACUGGCAAGGGCUCCUUGUUCCUGAUUCUGCUCCAUAUGACAAAGGAGCAUUUAGGAUUGAGCUCAUCUUUCCCGCGGAGUACCCCUUUAAGCCACCUAAGGUCACUUUCAAGACAAAAAUCUACCACCCCAACAUUGAUGAGAAGGGUCAGGUCUGUCUGCCCAUCAUUAGUGUGGAGAACUGGAAGCCAGCCACCAAAACUGAUCAAGUGAUUCUCAAUCUCGUCGGUCUGGUGAACAGCCCCCAGCCGGAGCAUCCGCUGAGGGCCGACCUGGCAGAGGAGUACAGCAAAGACCGUGCUAAAUUCAUGAAGAAUGCCGAGGAGUUUACAAAGAAACACAGUGAAAAGCGGCCCGUUGACUGAAGGCCCCUCACUGACGCUCGCUGCUGUUGACCUCCUCUCCGUGUCCCGUCAAAGAGCCCUGUUCUAACCCUUAAAAUACACAGAGAUGCCAUGUUCUAGCAUACCUGCUCUUAUUAGCACUUCAAUCACUCCUUAAUAGAGGCUUGUGUUUCCGUUUCACUUUGGCAAAAAAAAAAAAUCUGGAGUCUUAGGUGAUAGGCAGGCGCUGGCCUCUAGGCGUCACCUUUUGCUUGUUUUGACUUCUUUCUACUGAUUUCUUUUUGGAUAAAAACAAGAAAAAUUGUCAGGGGUGGCAUCCUGGAAAGUUAAAUAUCAGAAAAGGAUCAAAAGUGCUGUUCUGCCUACUUAGAUGUUGAAUGUUUUUUUUCCCGAUUAUUAGUUAUUGCAGACCUGUUUACAGAUUUUAAACUUUGUUUUCAACAACACAAAUACCCAGUUAAUCUAAAGCUGUUGUUUAUAUCUAUUUUUCUUUAUUUGUUUAUACUUUCCCUUAUGAUACACUGUACUUUGUGAAAUCACCUGUUGCAGUACAUAAAAAUUAAAGUUUGUUACUGAUGCAGAAUUCCUCAUUCAAUCUUUGUGAACAUGCAACAACA